AUGAAGAUAGCGGUGGAAGGGUGCAUGCAUGGCGACCUGGACAGCGUGUACGGAACCCUUCAACACUUGGAGAAAUGCCAAAACACCAAAAUCGAUCUCCUCCUUUGCUGCGGCGAUUUCCAAGCGGUGAGGAACGAGUGUGACUUGAAGAGCUUGAACGUCCCACCCAAGUAUCGCUCCAUGAAUUCCUUCUGGAAGUACUAUUCCGGCGCCGAGGUUGCCCCCUACCCCACCAUCUUCAUCGGCGGCAACCACGAAGCGUCCAAUUAUCUCUGGGAACUGUACUAUGGAGGAUGGGUUGCUCCUAAUAUCUACUUCUUGGGAGCCGCUGGGGUGGUGAGGUUUGGGAAUGUACGGAUUGGUGGUCUCUCCGGGAUUUAUAAUGGUCGAGAUUAUAAAUUAGGACGGUUUGAAAGGCCUCCCUAUGAUCAGAGUACCAUUAGGUCUGUGUAUCAUGUUCGUGAGUAUGAUGUUCGUAAACUAAUGGAAGUUAAGGAGCCCAUUGAUGUUUUUCUUUCGCAUGAUUGGCCGCUUAGAAUCACCGAUUAUGGGCAUUGGAAGGAGCUUGUUCGGCGCAAGCAUUAUUUUAAGCAAGAGAUAGAGGAAAAAAGACUAGGGAGUAAAGCUGCUGCUGAACUUCUAGAAAAACUCAAACCACAUUAUUGGUUUUCAGCUCACUUACACUGCAAGUUUGCUGCUCUUGUUCAACAUGGGGAAGGAGGUCCACUGACAAAAUUCCUUGCACUGGACAAAUGUAUUUCCGGUCGUGAUUUCUUACAGAUUGUGGAAAUUGAAUCAGAUGCAGGACCUUAUGAGAUUCAGUAUGACGAAGAAUGGUUAGCAAUAACACGGAAGUUCAACCCUGUCUUCCCUUUGACCACCAAAGGUGCAGACUUCAGAGGUGUAAAUCUUGAGAUGGAAGAUUGUCUUGAAUGGGUUAGAAGCAGGCUACGUGAGAGGGGGUGCAAACCCUUUGAAUUUGUUAGAACAGCUCCUUGCUAUGACCCUUCGCAAUCCAAUUUCGAUGGUUCUUUGACUGUGAUUCCCCGAAACCCUCAGACAGAAUCUUUUUUGCAGCUUCUGGAACUUCCAUAUCUUCUUGAUAGCAAUCCUUACGCAAAGGACUUUUCACCUUAUCCUUCUCCUUCAGUUAAAGGAGGAAUUAGUGAUGAUAACGAGGAAAUUCCCAUUGACGAUGUGGAUGAUGAUGAUGACGACGAUAAAGAGCUCCCAAAUUUGUGA